AUGGCUAGUUAUUGUAUAAUGAUAAGCUUAAUGGUUGUGUUUCUUCUUGGUUCUUGUUCUUGUUUUGUUAAUGCUCAACCAAGAGCAUUCUUUGUUUUUGGUGACUCAUUAGUGGAUAGUGGCAACAACGAUUUCUUGGCAACCACCGCUAGAGCGGAUGCGCCACCCUAUGGGAUCGAUUAUCCGACGCACCGACCGACCGGACGCUUCUCUAACGGCCUCAACAUCCCUGAUUUAAUCAGUCUUGAGCUUGGGUUAGAGCCUACUCUGCCAUAUUUGAGCCCGUUACUUGUUGGAGAGAAGCUCCUAAUUGGUGCUAAUUUUGCAUCCGCUGGCAUUGGAAUUCUGAAUGACACCGGAAUUCAGUUUUUGCACAUUAUCCACAUAGAGAAGCAACUGAAGCUGUUCAGAGAAUACCAAGCACGGUUGAGUGCACACAUUGGAGCAAGUGGAGCAAGAAACCACGUGAACAGAGCACUGUUCCUAAUCACACUGGGUGGCAACGACUUCGUCAACAACUACUACCUAGUCCCCUAUUCAGCAAGAUCACGCCAAUUCUCUCUCCCGGAUUACGUGCGGUACCUGAUUUCAGAGUAUCGGAAAGUUCUGAGGAAUCUGUAUAAUCUGGGAGCAAGAAGGGUGCUUGUGACGGGAACAGGACCAAUGGGGUGUGUUCCAGCAGAAUUGGCAAUGAGAAGCAGAACGGGUGAUUGCGACGUUGAACUCCAGAGAGCUGCUGCAUUAUACAAUCCCCAACUCGUUGAAAUGAUCAAUUCUCUCAACCAGGACAUUGGUUCUCAUGUCUUCAUUGCUGCUAAUGCUUAUAGAAUGCACAUGGAUUUCAUUUCCAACCCUAGAGCUUAUGGAUUUGUAACCUCAAAGAUAGCAUGCUGUGGACAAGGGCCAUAUAAUGGGAUUGGGCUGUGCACACCAGCCUCAAACUUAUGCCCAAACAGAGACCUAUACGCAUUUUGGGACCCAUUCCACCCAUCAGAGAGGGCUAGCAGAAUCAUAGUCCAACAGAUCCUCAGAGGCACCAAUGAGUACAUGCACCCCAUGAACCUCUCCACCAUCAUGGCCCUUGAUUCAAGGAAUUAA